UCGUCGGUGGAAACAAAUUUUACAUUUCGCUCACAGAAUGGCUGCACCGACACUGCAGUCUUUCAACGUCUUUCUCACGGAGAGGUUAACCGCAGUUGCGGUCGACGUGUAUGGGUUUAUGGAGAAAACGGUUCUUGGGUACCAGGAGGAGGUCUAUCGAAUCCGGCAGGAGAACCAGAGGCUGCAGCGGCUCCUGGAUUUAGCCUAUAAACCAGAAAUCAGGAUAAACGGAGCAGUGUCGGAUGCAAGAGAGAUUGGUUUCCCCACAUUUGCAGAGGGUGUUUCUACUCAAGUGGAGCAGAAGUUAUCUAUUUCCAGAGUGAAUAACGAGGAGCCGGGCAUCUUGCCUUUGAGAAAGGAGUGUGGUGAAUCCUUGACUGGCUGUGUGGAACCCCCUGUCUGUAAUGAGUACAGUGAUGUGGAAAAUCAAAGUAUGGCUGUCACAGUUGAAGUGCCUACGGAAGAUGUGUCACGAUCAGAUAUAAGGCAGAUAGAUUUCUCCACAUCAAAACAAGAGGCUUCCCCACAGAUGCAACAGAAGGAAUAUAUUCCCAGAUUUGUUAAGGAAGAGUUGGGCACCUUGGCCUUCACAGAGGAGCAUGUAACAGAUUCAAGGCGGAUGAAUUUCUCCAUAUUAACACAAGAGGAUCCCACUAAGGUACAACAGAAGGAAUAUAUUUCCAGUCUGCGUCAUGGGGAACCUGGCAUCCUGCCUUGGAAGGCGGAACGCAGUGACACUCGGGCAGCUUGUGAGGUCCAAAAUGUUACCAACAGCCAAACUCAGAUUGUGACAACUGGAGAGGAGACAGAAAAUCAGUUUCCAACAGUUACAGAUGCAAGGUGGAUGAAUUUCUCCACAUUAACUCAGGAGGAUCCCACUCAGGUGCAGCAGAAGAAGAAGUAUAUUUCCAGGCUGGGUAAUGGGGAGCCCGGCAUCUUGCCUUGGAAAGAGGAAUGCAAUGACACCUGGACAGGUUGUGUGGAGCAAAAUGUUACCAACAGCCAAACUCAGGUUGUGACAGCUGGAGAGGAGACGGAAGCUCAGUUGCCAUCAGCCUCCCAGGACGUCACUGUGUCUCCAGUAGAAGAGUCCAGUAAGACAGCAGUUGUGAAGCAGAGCGCACCAGGCCCAGCGUUUCAGGAGCUUGAGGCACACUGGUCCAGCAAAGAUGAAGGUAACCGAAGGUCUGUUGCAGGGUGAUGCCGUCGCAUCUUGUUCUAAGUAUGAUCAAAGUCCUCAGUCAGCUGAAGACCAAACUGUGGCCACCAGAGAUCUUCCUGCUGUCUGUUCAAAUGACGAAAUAGAUCAGAAGACAAAAAACUAUAGAGAUUCAGAAGUGGUUGUUUUAUGGCAGCCUGACUCUUUAGAUUGUGGGGAUGAAAGUGAUGACGGUGAUGCCGAAUGGACGGUACAAAGGUGAACGACACUAACACUGAAGAAAAAGACAAAACGACAAAACAGGCCUCAGCAUGUUAACUCACAAUCAAACAAUACAGAUCUUUGUUAUCCUCCAAGC